AUGAAUCAGCCAAGUACACCGAAUCUCGGAAAGCGAAAGCAAGCGGGAAACGCGGUCCGUCGCACCCGUGGACCUCGGACCACGUAUCCGGAGCAAUCGAUCGGACACCUCCUCCGAAUGGAUGUUCCGAAGCUGUUUAAAAUGGAUAAACGAUUGGAGAUGCUCGACGAAUUGCGAGGAAACGUUCAGGAGGAGAAGAUCGAAACGAUCGAAGCUCAAACAGUUGAGAUUCCCGAGAAAAUCGUCAGAAACAGUCCGAAAGAAGUGAGUUUUGUUGAAGGAGUUACACAAGAUUGUAGUAGCGCGUACUUUUCGUUUUACAGUUGUUACAACACUAAAAAGCCACAAUUCUAGACACCGUUUCUUUUUUUCAGACUUGCCAAAUCCCGGGCCGGGCCAGCAAAUCGUCGGCCCGGCCCGGCCCGGUCGGCCCGGAAGUUAGACCUCAAAAAAAUAUGCAAAAAAAAUAUGAAGGAAGAGAAAAACGCGUGCGGCAAAAUUGCUAAAAUGGCGUGCCAGAGUUGCAAUCAAUCGCUCCGCCCACUCUUGAGAAAAUUUUCGUAAUUUUUGUGAAAAUUUUGCGACUUUAAACAGCAAUUUCUAUUUUUUUAGCAGGUUUUUAUGCUAUAACAUUGCCUUUUUAUAACAUUGCCAAUUUUAAGUCUAUAAAAUUAUGCUCGUUUAGAAGUUCUAGUUCGCUUUGAAUUUUUAGGUGCAUCCUCCCGGGCCGGGCCCGGCCCGUUGCAAGUCUGCUUUUUUUUGAAUAUAAAUGUAUAUAUUGCAGAUAAAAUCCGAUCCGUACCCACCGAAUCUUCCGGCCACAAUCCCGUGUCCGAAGAACAAAAAGGGCACGAUGUUUCUGAAAACGAGAACUCGCAAGCGUUGUGAAACUAAAGUUUAUUGGUAAGACCUCAUUUGCAAGGGGGCAAUUAUAAAAUGAACACAUUUCCAGCUGCCGAUCGUGCCGGACUGAGCGUUCUGUCGAGAAGAUGAUCGACGCGAACGGCAACAUCAGAAGCUUCGAGAGCAUCGGAGCCCCGCAGCCGCCUCCGAAACGGCUCAAGUAUGAGCAAGACGAGGAUGAGGUCGAGGGCGACGGAAAAGUUUUUCAGUGUCCCUAUUAG